AUGCACUCAGAUCAACACGCGCCAAGGACAAUUCCUGAUUCCACUUCCACAGACUCCACUGGUGGGCUGGUCGCAGCUUCAAGCAAUGGCGAUCUGCCUCUAUUCCAUCCGCAGCAACGAAACACGCCAUCGACACGGUCAAAACCGCCCCGCCGUGGAAUACGAAAGCAUUUUCUGGGCUGGAAGCUUCUGGUACUGGGAUCAUGGCUCAAUGUUUUGCUGUUUCUUUUACCCGUGGCGUGGGUUAUCGGCUGGGCUGUACCAGAGUGGGCGAGCGUGGUGUUUGCUUGCUGCAUUCUCGGUCUGAUCCCGCUCGUCAAGCUACACGAACUCACUACGAUGGAGCUCUCGUUACGGCUGGGAAGCUCCAGGACAGGGCUCAUCAACGCUACCAUGGGUAAUCUCGUCGAAAUCGUUGUGGCUUUUAGCGCUCUUCGACGAUGUGAACUGAAAGUCGUCCAAUCUGCACUUCUGGGCUCGAUGCUAAGCAAGAUGCUCUUGGUCCUUGGAAUGUGCUUCUUCGCUGGUGGUCUGCGUUUCUCGGAGCAGGACUUCGAUUCAACCGCCACCGGUAUCAACUCGUCGUUGCUGAGCAUCAGCGUUGGAGCUGUGAUUCUACCCACAGCCUAUCAUUUCUCUCUCCAUACUGCGUCUGAAGCUUCGCCCGACGAACGACGUGGGAUUUUGAAAAUGAGCCACGGAGUAUCUAUCAUCCUGCUAUUUAUUUAUCUAUCUUACCUUCUCUUCCAACUCUGGUCGCACACGCAUCUAUACAAUAACGCGACUCUCACGAACACCCAAAGGUCACCCAGGCUGCCCAACGGGCCUGCUAUGGUGCUGAAGCAGAGGAGCCCCGGGGGGACCUGGCGGCGCCGGUUCUCAUCGGACAUGGACUCGGUCCGGGACUUCGAGCACUUGAAGAGCAGCGAGGAUGUCACCACGUCGUCCUUGUCCCUGAAGAUGCGCCAGCGCGAAGACACGCUUGUGGAGAAACCGAGCAAGAUGUACUCUGCACCGAUGAUGUCUCGGUCCGAGACGACCCUCGCGGGGAGCAGUACGUUGGAGCUGAACGAGAAGGCGUAUUCUGCGGAAGGCGGGGUUAAGCCGACUGUGCGGCUGGUCAACGAGAAGGGCUCGGUUAAGGAUGUGCGAAGGGAGGGGUCGUUGGAUAGCGUUGACAGUUCUACGAGCGAGGAGGCUGAAUGGAGACCGCGGAUACUGAGCCCUGUAGUGGAGGUGACUUCGAGGGAGGAGCGCAGUCAGGCAGCAACGCAAGAAGAUGUGCAACGCGAGGAGGAAGACGAGGUCCCUCGGCUCAGUAUAUUCCUGACCAUCGUGACGCUUGUUGUCGUAACCAUCUUGGUUGUCGUUACAGCUGAUAGUCUGGUAGAAACUCUCGACGAGAUAUCCAAGUCCGUCAGUAAACAGUGGAUUGGGCUCAUCCUGCUCCCUGCUGUAACGUCAGUCGCAGAGAUGGUGACAGCGGUUAAUGUAUCGGUGAAGGAUCAGCUAGCAUUCUCCAUUAAUUUGGCUGUAGGCUCGACGAUUCAAACUGCUCUCUUCGUCAUUCCAUUGAUGGUCUGUGUCGGGUGGGCGAUGGAAAAGCCGAUGUCUCUCCUAUUUGACCCCUUUGAAUCAGUUGUGUUGUAUAUCGCUGUUCAGACAAUGUCCUACGUCGUGGCCGACGGCAAGUCGAAUUGGCUGGAGGGCAUGAUCUUGAUCUGUCUUUAUAUGACUAUCGGCGUGGCAUUCUGGUAUUACCCUGGUGCCAACCUCCCGAUCUCGUUGACGACCUGUUGA